AUACGCAUGAUGGAUUACUUACGUGGUACACACACAUACAUAUUUAAUAUCUAAACAACUCGGGGAAUGAAAUCAUUGCAACACAAAUGCAUUUUUAAUAUAAUGAGCUAUCGCCCCAAGUGAUAGACAACGAAAUUAGUGAGUGACAUCAGGCUUAUGGAUAAUAAGGAAGAUCAUACAGUUGUUAUUUCCGACACAGAAACUGUCACGGUUAUUGUUGACACGGAGCAGGAUGACGACACAGAAACUGUCACGGUUAUUGUUGACACGGAGAAGGAUGACGACUAUCAGUACAAUGUUUACCAAAGACGAAUAUUGUUCUUGCAAGAGACAGUAACGGGGUUCUACAAGGCGCACAAGAAAGUCACAUGGACUGCAAUUACUUUGAUCAUAUUUAUGGCAUACUUUGUCUAUUUUGGGUUGGCACUGAAUUAUAGAUUUGGUGACGAAGGAUCAUGGCGUCUCCUUGGUUUUACUAUAUUUGGAGUUCUGUUGUUAGUACUUAUUUUGUUGUGUGAUGCAUAUGAUACCAAAAUAGAUGACGUAUGGAAGAGAAACGAGUCACUUAGAAACUCAAAAACUACGACGAUGUGUAUGAAAGUUAUAAGCUGGUUUCUUCGUAUUGGAGUUUUCGUCACUGUCAUCGUAUAUGUGAUCUUAGAUAUAGCUAUAGACCAUCCCCAGAACCUAAUUUCCGUAGCUGGACUAAUCUUGUACAUUCUGAUAUUUUACAUAACCUCAGUGAAUCCGGCAAGGGUAAAUUGGCACACUGUUUUCUGGGGUAUAGCUCUGCAAUAUGUUUUUGCGCUAGUGAUUCUCCGUACACAAUGGGGUUAUGAUAUAUUCAAAUGGCUGGGUGACCGAGUUACCGAGUUUCUAGAGCAUACAAUGGCAGGAGUUUUGUUUGUGUUUGGAAAUACCUGGUCUGAUCAUUUCUUUGCCAUGAAAGUAUUGUCGAUCGUUGUGUUCUUCUUUACGUUUAUCAACAUCAUGUAUUACCUUGGAGUGAUGCAAGCCAUUAUUAAAGUGUUUGGUGGAUUUCUUGCCUUCUGUAUGGGAACAACUCCCGCCGAAUCCAUUAAUGCUGCUGCGAACAUCUUUGGCUCUAUGAUUGACUCGCCAAUGAUGAUACGUCCGUUGCUUAAAGACAUGACACGAUCAGAACUUCAUGCUGUAAUGACUGGCGGGUUUGCUACAAUCGCUGGUAGUGUGUUGGGAGCUUAUAUUACUUUUGGCGUGCCUGCCAACCAUCUACUAUCAGCAAGUGUGAUGAGUGCACCGGCAGCUUUAGCGAUUGCCAAGUUGUCUUACCCAGAAACACAGAGAUCGAAAGCGUCCAACAAAGACUUCUCAAAACUGGAAAAACCACCUGAACACAACAUCAUUGAGGCAGCAUCAAAUGGGGCUUCAUCAAGUAUCAAAGUUGUCGGUGCCAUUGCAGUUAAUGUUUUAGCAUUUCUUUCGUUGUUAGCGUUCUUGAAUGCUACACUUACAUGGUUUGGAGAAAGAGUGGGGAUAGAAGGUCUUACAUUCGAGUUCAUGUGUUCCUACGUAUUGUAUCCGGUUUCCUUCUUUAUGGGAGUAGACACUGAUGAUUGUCGUAAAGUAGCUGAAUUAGUAGGUGUGAAAACAUUCACUAACGAGUUUAUAGCGUACAGCAGUUUAAAAGUGCUUAUACAGAACAAGAAAGAUUUGAACAACUACACUGACUUUUUUAACACAACUGACUGGUACUGGCAGAAAGACAACGUGGUACUCAAUAUGACAGGGCAAGUUUUAGAAGGCGGAUUUAUAUCUGAAAAAUCUGAAAUCAUUGCAACUUACGCUUUGUGUGGUUUUGCCAAUUUUGGAUCAAUAGGGAUUACUCUAGGAGGAGUUGGUGCUCUUGCUCCAAGUAGAAAGCCGGAACUUUCACAGAUGGUUCUCCGAGCAAUGAUCUGUGGGAAUGUGGCAUGCUUUUUGACCGCUUGUAUAGCAGGCCUUCUGUACAAGCCCUUUUGACAAGAAUACACCGAAUUUAUAUUAAUGCAUUCCCAUGGUUUGUAUCGUACUGUGAGGAAUUGUUUCGCCUCCAUUAUGGAGUCUCUACUAUUUCAGAUAAAUCCAAAAACAAGUAAUCGAGUUAUGAUACAAAACAGUUGUUAUUCUUAGCAUAGCGAAUAACAAACAGCUAAACGCUAAGCAAAGAAUUUUCACGAUAACAAUUCUAAGUUUAAUUGUACUGUGUAAAGGGUAGAAAUAUGAUGUUUUGUGCCUGAAAAAAGUGUUUAGUGUAUAUAAGUUAACAAGUUUUAUUGCAUUUUGUUCCUUAUUCCACAUAGAAAGUUUCAUAAAAAGUUAUCAUUUUUAUCAUCUACAACUUUCUUUAGUUGUAUUUGUUUUUCAAUUCUGUCAUAAGCUGUAUAUUUAUAAAUGCUGUCAACUACACAUGGGUUUCCUCUUUACAUCUAUGACGUAUUUGUAAUGUUCUAGUUUUGAUAUAAACCUUUCUUAUCUUUUCUUUAGUCUUUUUUACAUUUAUUAUGAUAAGUAUUGAAUAUCAAGCUGAUUAAUAAAUAGUCAGAAUGUA